GGGUGGGGGGUGCUGCUGCUCUUGGCCAACUCCUCCUCGGUCAUCGUCAUCUCUAUUCUGUUUUCCUUAACAUUCCUGCUCUUGAGCUAACGCAAUCGGGGGUUUCGGCGAGGCAGGAAAUCCAGACGAGAGUUAGAACGGGUGCAUAGACCUUCUUCUUCUUCUUCCCCUGGUAUUGAAGAGGGAGGGAGGGAGAGUGAGUGUGUGUGUGAGAGAGAGAGAGCGCGAGGGACAAAGAGAUCAAUCAACGUUUUAUUCUGCGAGUGGUGGCUUCCUUGCCGGCAGUGAAGGCCAUUUUGAUUAUCCGCCCCUGCGGUACAGCUACAGCUAUUGCUGCGGUUGGCAGCAAUCGAUCAAAUUAAGACAGUUUACCUCACUAUACACCAAACUCAGUGUUAUUAGGGCAAAGCUUGUGGUGCAAUCCUUUACAUGACUUGGAGUUUCUUUGGUUACCGCGGCGUCUUUGGUGACUACAGAAAGGAAGGUUAGGGAGAUAUAGUAAGAGAAUCUGCUGCUACUAAUGGGACUCAUGUAGUGGAGGUCAUAAAGAAGGAAAAGACUUACUGUAGGAGUUUUCCUGCCUGCUCAGGAAGUUCCUAAGCUGAUUCCAUGUCCAACAGAUUCUCCAAUCUUUCAAGCCGCUGGAUGUUGGGCAAAAAGGUUGUUGUUACGGGCGUGCGUUGAAGAGAUUAUUGAUACUUGGUGCAACAUAGAGUUUGGAAGCUGAAGUUGCAGAAAGCCGUGUUCUUGACAAAGAAAGCUUCGCUACUCCUUCUGAGCUUUGCAUGGUCGAUACCGUACUAUUGAAUGGUGAUCUGAAGGGUCCUUGUUGUAGCGGAGGUUGGUGUUCUACAUUAUGUAUGGGUUCAGAUUUUCUGCAGUAGCCAUUGGAGGGAGUAGAUGAUAAGCCAGGUGGUCGCUUCACUUGAAUGAGGCAGAAGAGUUGCCUGUUGGCAAGCUGAUGAUGUGGAGCUCUUGCAAGUGGCAUCGUCAAGAUAGAGCUGUUUCAUUGUGUGGAAAUGAAUUGAUGGCUUUAUAUCCGUAUAUCUCUUAGCCCUGGAAUUGAGGUUGUCCGUGAACAGAUCCUGGCCGAUCUAGUUCACGAAACUAGGAGGAAGGUGUUAUCUGCAAUAUUGGUGAUAAAUGCAUUUGUCCAGCCCUGGAGAACAACAUCACAAGUGGGGAAUGGGAGGACCAGGAGAUAUUCUAGACGCCGUCAUUUUAAGUUGUCAGUGUUUAUUUUUCAUAUAGCGUCAUGAUGCACACAGGGGGACGAAGUGAAGAAGCACGGAGUGUUCGGGUGAUUUGAAAAUAAACUGUUCCUUUCGCAGUUCCAAGAUUUGCAGCUCUGGAGUCCUCAAUUACAGAACUAGAGGGAGAGAUGCCCUCCUUGUUUCCAGACGAGGUGCUGGAGCAUGUUUUAGUCUUUCUGACUGGUCACAAGGACAGAAACUCUGUGUCCCUUGUGUGCAAAGCGUGGUGUAGGGCUGAAGGAUGGAGUAGACGGGAUGUUUUUAUUGGGAACUGCUAUGCAUCUUCGCCGACUAUCCUCCUGAGGAGGUUUCCCAAGCUGACAUCCCUGGCGAUGAAAGGGCGGCCGAGGUUCACCGACUUUGGUCUGGUGCCUUCGAGUUGGGGGGCUUUCAUUCAGCCGUGGAUCGAGGCCUUGGCCGAUCACUACAAUGGGUUGGAAUGUCUUCGUUUGAAGCGCAUGACUGUGUCCGACGAGAGUUUACGGAUUGUGGCCCUUGCUUUCCCCAAUUUUCGUUCGCUGCGCUUGUCCAGCUGUGAUGGGUUCACGACUGACGGUCUGGAAUGGAUAACGAGACAUUGCAGGCAUCUCACGGAGCUGGAUCUGCAGGAAAAUGAAAUUCAAGUCCGGGGUGUGGGUUGGCUGACGGCGUUUCCUGAGACACAAACAUCUCUGGAAAGUCUCAAUUUUGCGAAUAUCCAUACACCGUUGGAUGAAUACGAUUUUCACUCGCUGUAUGCAUUGGUGACUCGUUGUCCAAAGCUGACGAAGUUGAAGUUGAAUAGAGAGAUCACUUUGGAACAGAUGCAGAGGCUUCUUCUGCAAGCUCCCCAGCUUGAAGAUCUGGGUACAGGGGCUUAUAACCAGAAUCUGACGUGGGGUAGACUCCACGAACUUCAGUCUUCAUUUAGGAGAGUUAGAAAUAUUCGUACUCUUUCAGGGUUUUGGGACACAGUUCCAAUGUGCUUACCCACAUGUUUCCCAAUCUGCAAGGAGUUGAUCACCCUGGACCUCUCGACAGUUGCACUCACCCCAGCGGAUUUUACAAAGUUUAUCACAAACUGUGUCAACAUCCAGCGUUUACUGGUACAGGACUCUGUGGGAGACCGGGGUUUGUUUUACGUAGGACGGUCCUGUAGGCAGCUAAGAGAGCUUCGUGUCUACCCUUUCAACGAUCAAAGCAAUGUUACAGAGAAGGGGCUUGUAGCGAUCUCCGAUGGAUGCCGGGAAAUGCGGAAAAUCCUCUACUUCUGCAAGCAGAUGACUAAUGCUGCGAUGAUCCAGUUCGCCAGGAACUGCUCUAACAUGACUCACUUCCGGAUGGCCAUGGUGACUGUAUACGAUCCAGACUGCGACACCAAGCAGCCGCUGGACGAAGGCUUCGGAGCAGUGUGCAAGUUGUGUAAAGACCUUCGCCGCCUGUCUCUUUCCGGGCUCUUGACCGACAAGACCUUUGAGUAUAUCGGCACGUAUGCGAAGAAGUUGGAAACUCUGUCAGUAGCCUUUGCCGGUGAUACUGACAUGGGAAUGGUGCACGUUCUGGAUGGAUGCCCAGUUCUGCGCAAGCUGGAGGUCCGAGACUGUCCCUUCGGGGAUGAAGCUCUCUUGUCUGGCAUCGAUAAGUACGAGUCCAUGCGCGCUUUGUGGAUGUCCUCAUGCAGAGUCACUAUAGAUGGUGUUCAGUUUCUGGCGUCUAAGAAUCCCAAUCUGAACGUGGAAGUCAUCAGAGACAUUGAGAUGUUACACCAUCCAGAAUACGUUGAGAAAUUGUACGUUUAUCGUUCAAUUGCAGAGCCCCGGCAGGAUGCCCCGCCUUUCGUAUACAUCUAUAGUUGCACAUAGCUUGGUUGUACUUUCUUCCCAUGUUUACUCCCAUUUCUUUUCGGUUUUUAAGACUACUUAGAGUUCUCAGUUAAUUUCCUAUACUUACUCUUUGAGAGAAGCCAUAGAUUGAGGUAGAGACAGCAGGGGAUGAAGACCCCUGAGAGAUUACGAUCGACUUGGCUGGAGAUUGACGUUCUUCUGCAUUUAGCCUGUGGUCCUGUCUACUAUUGAGGAAGUUCGGAUGCUGUACAUAAUAUAUAUUGUAAGUCCUUUGUAGAGAGCUUAUUACACUUUUCUAUUGAAGAACCUGCCGAACUGAAUGGUUUUUUUGGGCCAUCCCAUGCUU